AUGGUUACGGGUAAGAAGGGUGGAUAUGAAAAUGUGAAUCAAAGGGUCGUGUUGAAGGAUAAUGUUAGGGAUAAAUGGAGUUGGCUGAAGGAUGGAUAUCAUGUUAAAGAGGCGUAUUCUAUGAUCAUGAAAGGAGUAAGCAAUGAGGGUGAGGAGGAUAGGAAGUUGACUGUAGCGUGGAACAAUUUAGUCCCACUUAAAGUCUUGGUUCUGGUUUGGAGAAUAUGGCGGAACAAAAUUCCGACGAGAGAUAAUCUAGUGAAAAGAGACAUCUUAGUAGCAUCUCAAAAUUCAUGCCCUCACAGCUGCGACGUAGAGGAAAGUGUGUCGCACACUUUCUUCGAAUGUUCGAUAGCUCAGGCUGCAUGGAGCGAGAUCAUAUGGAAUAAGAGAAAUGAGAAGAUCUUUCGGAAAGAGGACAACAACAACAGAAGCAUUAUGGAAGAUAUUCAAGAUAUUUCGUGGCAAUGGCUUAAGAUCAACAUUGACGAGUUCAAUUAUGGAAUUCAUCAAUGGAUGACGAAUCCUAAAGAAUGUCUUGGUAGAAGAAAUUUUCAGCACGCAUUUUGUGGUUCGUGCUGCUGUCUCGACUGGUGGUCAGCAAUGGGAGGGGUGUUCCGAUAA